AUGGAUAACAUAGCUCUCAACCUACCCUUCACCCUGACCAUAUUGGCGGGGUCUUAUAUCCUAUACUCACUUGGCCUCAUCAUCUACAACCUCUACUUUUCUCCCCUUUCCAAAUUUCCGGGCUCAAAAUGGGUGAUUGCAACUUACUGGCCGGAGUUUUACUAUGACUGGUGGUGCAAUGGGAAAUACCUCUUUGAAAUUGAGAAGAUGCACGAUAAAUAUGGUCCUAUAAUUCGAAUUAAUCCUGAGGAGCUGUCUAUCCGUGACCCCGACUUCUACAAUGAAAUCUACGUCACAGAGAGCAAACGCAGGACGAGUCACUAUGACGUUUUCUGUAAAGGAAUUGAUUUCGAUGGGUCGCAUUUACUUACCGUGGACCAUGAUCUUCAUCGACGUAGGCGAAAGCCACUCGAGCCAUUCUUCUCUCGCCAGGGAAUUAUGCGGCUUCAAGACAUGCUGGCAGAAGUAGCUCUCAAGCUUGAAUCGCGAAUCAGAGCCCUUGAAGGGACAAACACGGUGAUUCGACUGGACCAUGCAUUCUCCGCAUUUUCCGGCGAUAUCAUUGGGAAAAUUUGCCUGGACAGCGGGGACGAGAGCAAGACGUUUUUGAGUCACCCAACGUUCAACCCAGAGUGGUAUGACACCAUUCACACGAUCGUUCGAUCAAUUCCCUUGUUCACAGCCUUUCCAUGGAUUGUCCAGGUAGUGAGCUUCAUUCCGGAAUCAAUCCUUCUACGGGCUUUCCCUAGGGGCCAAAUGUUCAAUAACUUCAAAGAGGUCGCUAAGCAGCACAUUUAUCGAGCCUUGAAAGAUACAGAAGAAAGUAAAAGGACAGGUAAAGAGGAUACCCAUCAUGCCUCUCUUUUCCACUAUAUCGCAACGAGCGAUAUGCCCGAAUCAGAGCGGUCACCAGAACGACUAGCCAAGGAAGCCCAGGUCCUGCUCGGUGGUGGAACCGCCAGUACUGCACGUACUAUUGGCUUUACAUCAUUCUACAUUAUGUCUAACUCGAAUAUCCGGUCGAGGCUGGAAGAUGAACUCAGGGAUGUGAUGGCAGGCUGGCCGCAGCGUGUCCCUUCUUGGGCUGAGCUCGAAAAAUUGCCCUUUUUGCAGGCACUCAUCAAGGAAUCCCUUCGCCUCAGCUACGGUGUCAUGCACAGACUUCCCCGUAUCUCACCAGACGUGCCCAUCCAGUACAAGCAAUACACUAUCCCGCCUGGUGUCCCCGUCGGCAUGUCAGCUUAUUUCAUGCACUCUAAUCCCAAAGCAUUCCCCGAACCAGACAAGUACAUUCCAGACCGAUGGCUCGGAAAGGUGACUCCUGAAAUGCACAGGAGCUAUGUCCCAUUCACACGAGGGUCCAGAAACUGCUUGGGAAUGAAUCUUGCUAUGUCCGAGAUGAGCCUUAUCCUGGCCGUGCUUUUCCGACCCAACGGCCCCAAGUUUGAGCUAUUCGAGACGGACGAGAGCGACGUAAAGCAAGCCCACGACUUUCUUAUUCCCCUGCCGAAGAUUGAAACAAAGGGAGUCCGAGCUAUCAUUCCCUAG